AUGGGCGGUGAGGAGGAUGGAGGAGCGCGUUGCAGCGGUGACGGUGGCGGAUGGCGUAGUGGCGGCGAAGGGAGGGCGGAAGCUUCGGCGGCGGUGAUGGUGAAGGCCGAGGGCGGUGGCCGCAGUCGGGGAAGCGCUGCGGUGGAGGUCUCGAGCGAUGGCGGAAGGCGGACGGCUUGGCGGCGGACGAUGGGGCGGCAAACCGCGGCGGAAGAUGGAAGCGCCGACGUCGGAAACGGCACUGUGGUGGAGGCAGAAGCGGCGUGCGGUCAGGGGAAAAGGGCGCGGCGGAGGGUUCGGCGGGGAACUCAAGGCGGAGCGGCACCGGCGGACGCGGCGGAGACCUCGGCGGCGACGGGAGGCGGCUCGGGCUUGGGCGGCGCGGCUGGAACCAAGCGGCAGAGUGGCGGCGGCGCGACGGCGGAGGAGCGACGACUGCCACGACUCGGGGAAGACGAAGAGAUGAUUAACACAUUUGGUGGGUUUGAUCUGGUUAUUGGUGGAAGUCCAUGUAAUAAUCUUUCAGGUAGCAACCGCUAUAGUCGUGAUGGGCUGGAGGGUAAACAUUCAUCUCUUGUUUAUGAUUAUUUUCGCAUCUUAGACCUUGUGAAGUGUAUCAUGGGGAAGAACUUCUGA